AACUAACACCUCUGAGAGGCAGCUGAUGUGAGCAUGUGCAGACAGAUUCGUCUCCCAAUGGCACAGCAGCUCCUAGGAAAAUUAAUUUGAAAAGACCUGAAUGCAUGAGACCAAAGUUAAAGUAGAAGAGAGAACAAAAAAGCAAAGAGCAGACUCUUUCGACUGAGAAUGAGCAUUUUGAAGCCUAAGAUUUUAAAGUGCUGGUGAUCAGAACAACACCUGAAAGAGACUAAGAACUCCAUUUCGAGCUUCACAGCAUGUGACAUGUGCUCACCACAGGCAUGCCAAUUUUAGCCUCAUAACUUUCAGCCAGAUACAGACGUGGAGAAAAUCACUGUGGCUACCUGACCCAGGAGGCUGAAUCAGCUCAGAAGGGAUUUGAAUCCACUUGGCACAGGAUGGACUCUACUCACCGCCAUGGAAUGCACACUUCUCUCCACUUCUGGAACCGCAGCACCUACGGACUGCACAGCAAUGCCAGUGAGUCCCUUGGAAAAGGCUACUCUGAUGGAGGGUGCUACGAGCAACUUUUUGUCUCUCCUGAGGUGUUUGUGACUCUGGGUGUCAUCAGCUUGUUGGAGAAUAUUCUGGUGAUUGUGGCAAUAGCCAAGAACAAGAAUCUGCAUUCACCCAUGUACUUUUUCAUCUGUAGCCUGGCUGUGGCUGACAUGUUGGUGAGCGUUUCAAAUGGAUCAGAAACCAUUGUCAUCACCCUGUUAAACAGUACAGAUACGGACGCACAGAGUUUCACGGUGAAUAUUGAUAAUGUCAUUGACUCAGUGAUCUGUAGCUCCUUACUUGCAUCAAUUUGCAGCCUGCUUUCAAUUGCAGUGGACAGGUAUUUUACUAUCUUUUAUGCUCUCCAGUAUCAUAACAUUAUGACGGUUAAGCGGGUCGGGAUCAUCAUAAGUUGCAUCUGGGCAGCUUGCACGGUUUCGGGCAUUUUGUUCAUCAUUUACUCAGAUAGUAGUGCUGUCAUCAUCUGCCUCAUCACCAUGUUCUUCACCAUGCUGGCUCUCAUGGCUUCUCUCUAUGUCCACAUGUUCCUCAUGGCCAGACUUCACAUUAAGAGGAUCGCUGUCCUCCCAGGCACUGGCACCAUCCGCCAAGGUGCCAACAUGAAGGGGGCGAUCACCUUGACCAUAUUGAUUGGAGUCUUUGUGGUCUGCUGGGCCCCAUUCUUCCUCCACUUAAUAUUCUACAUCUCUUGUCCCCAGAAUCCAUACUGUGUGUGCUUCAUGUCUCACUUUAACUUGUAUCUCAUACUGAUCAUGUGUAAUUCCAUCAUCGAUCCUCUGAUCUAUGCACUCCGGAGCCAAGAACUGAGGAAAACCUUCAAAGAGAUCAUCUGUUGCUACCCUCUGGGAGGCCUUUGUGAUUUGUCUAGCAGAUACUAAAUGGGGACAGAGGAGAUGCUAAAAACAUGCAUAAGAGACUCUUUCAUUCUUAUACAACCUGAACAGCGUGCAUCAGCAACAGCUUUUCCUUCUGUGUAGGGCACUCGUUGAGAACAUCUAUUGCAUAAAUUUAAGUUUAUGAUAUGAAAAAAUGCCCAGUGUCUGUAUGUUUUUAAUGUCAUGCUACUUUUUGCCUGUAAAAUGUUAAUCCCUGUUAUAGGUUAUAGGCACUAUGGAUUUACAAAAAAGAAAAAGGUCUUUAUUAAAAGCUCAACAAUGUCUCUUUCUUGUUAUUCAUAAAGAUUUGACACUUUGCUUGUUUUAGUAACAUGGAAAU